CUUGUUCUGCGAUCGCUAGCAAAAGAACCAUUUUAUUUAAAGCAGCAGAAACAACAAGUUUUUUAGGAUUCAGCAAAAAUAUAGAAAAGCCGUGACAAAUCCGCCGAAAGCCAAACAUUAUGAGUGCAAAAGUAUUAUUCGCUUGCUCCAAGUGCUUUUCGCGCCAUCCGUACGAGGAACUCUCCUCCGGCCAACAACUAUGCAAGGGCUGCCGUGGAUCUACCUCAGUUGGUAAAUGUACUUACUGCCGCUCGGAGUUUCAACCCGCCACCAAAUCACAGAGUGCCUGCAAGAAGUGCGAACAUUAUCUGGGGAAGUAUGGAAAGCCCAGUGCCUGCGAAUGCUGCAAGAUUGUGGCUGCCUUCGGGGGCUCUAAAUGCAUGCGAUGCGCCAGCUACGAGGCAAAAUACGGACCGCCGGUGCAGUGCGAUGAAUGCAAGCUGCGAUCAGCCUUUGACAGGCGCGACGAGAACAAAAAGGUCAAUGGCAAAUUGCUUUGUUGGCUGUGUACCUGCGCCUACAAGCGAGCACUGCUUAAGGCUCAGCAGGAGGGCCGAAUACCAAUGUCCAAGAAAAGACCACACGAGAAGAGCUCGUCAUCACACAGGGAUAACUCCGCGGCCAAAAAGCCAUCGCGCAGUGAGCUGGGCAAGACUGGUAGCAGUGCCAAUAGCUCCGGCGUGAAUGCAGUCAGCGGAGCUGGACUGGAUCUGCCCGAUAAGAUAUCGCGUGGAAAUGGAGGAAACGGAACCAUUGCAGCACCUGCAGCUAUCACCGUAGAUACCAAUUCGUCGGACCAUGUUGUAGCCAUUACAUACCUUAAGGAGCGCAUCGCCAGCCUGGAAAAGCGCCUAAAUCAAAAAGACAAGGAAUUGCUCGAGAAGGACAAGCAGCUGACCGAACUGAAGGGAAAAAACUUCGAGAAGGAGAACGAAAUGCGCAACCGUCUGAAGGAGGUAGAGCGUCUGCACGACAUGAAGGUGGACAACUUGAACCGCAAAAUCGCCAGUGUGCUUAAGGAACUGGCCGUGCUCAAGAAGAGCAGCAACAAGAAAAACGCUGCCCUUAGCAAGGCAGAAAAGGAAGCCAUCAAGCGAGAAAAUCUUUCGCCCAAGGAGGAGAUCUUGGCGGCGGCGGUGCAGGAGAAACAGAUUAAGGUCUCGUCGGAACCAGCUGAUCUGGACAAAGAUGAGAAGAGUCGAGAUCGCGAGGAAGAGCGCAGCGAGCAAGAGGAUCGGACAAGCGUGCGUUCGCGAUCCGGAUCUAGCAGUCCCACGCCCUCGUCCAACUGAGAGGCAAUGACAUCCAGCUGUAGAAACACCAGGCCAGGAUUCAGAAACCACAGAGUCUGGAUGCCGAGCCCUUUUAGUUUUUCGCUAUACAAAUUUAUAUUUUUGUACUUCUGCUUUAACUGUAAUAUAGUUUUACAAUAUUGUUUCAUAUCACACUUUAAAUGUCGCUCAUCCAUGCCGCGCGAGCCCUGCCCUUCCUCCUUCCCCUCAAAUGUAUCCCAAUCAUCAGUUAGAAAAUGUAAUUUGAUAGGCUCAACCUAACGAAUUCUUCUUUAGUUUAAUUCACGAUGGAACAACACAAACCCGAAGCAUUGUUUACAUCUUAAGAAAUAUACAAGUUGGGAAAAAACCAA